UGGCAACCCCGAGCUCCAGCUGCUCUGCUUUGGUGUUGAUUCCGGUCUGUUCUCUCCAGUCUGUAGAGCUGAGGGUGUUAAUCUGCAGGUGGCAAAAAGGUGGGCGGUGCAUGGAUGGCUGAUGGACAGGUGUCUGAACCAAUCACAACACAAUGCUACCACGGAACCGCUACUUGCUUUUGUUGAUGGUUGGUGUGGUGCUAGCUGUGCUAAGCUUCAGCAUUCAAUACUUGCAACCGAUACCAACCACUCCAUUGACAGAAGAUGGGAUGCUUGGUAAAAACAGGAAAAGAGUAAACCCAGUGGUCCAUACAGAGUCACCAGAGCUUGACCCGAUCAGUGAUGCUUACCGAUACUGCAACCUGCCCAAUCACACAGAACACACACGCGAGGGUCACAGUCUGGCAGACUACAAGCUACUGUUUGUGCAGGUGAUGAUUCGCCAUGGCGACCGUUACCCGCUGUACACCAUCCCUCAGACCAAGAGACCAGCCAUCGACUGCACACUGUCACCUCACAGAAAGCCCUCUCACCCUCUGCUGGCCUCAUUUAUCAGUCACAUGGCCCAGGGUGGGCGUGGUCACUGGGACGCAUCACUGGGCUCACUGGCCCGAGUACCCAAUCACAGCAGCUGUGAGUUGGGCGAGCUCACACAGACAGGUGUGGUCCAGCAUUUAAAAAACGGCGAGCUCUUGCGCCAGGCUUACCUCAAGCACCACAAACUGCUUCCUCCUGAUUGGUCAUCGCAGCAGCUGUGGUUGGAGACCACCGCUAAGAGCCGCACCCUGCAGAGUGGCUUGGCUCUGCUCUACGGUUUCCUGCCCAAUUUUGAUUGGUCAAAAGUGACGGUGUGGCACCAGAGGAGCACUAUGUUCUGUGGCACAUGGUGUGAGUGUCCAGCACGGAGUCUCUUUCUGGAUGAGGAGCAGCGUCGUCAAUACCGCCUUCGCACCUCUAAUGCCGAACUUGAGCAGACCUAUGUCGCCAUGGCAAAGGCGCUGGGCGUGGCCACACGCACGAUGCGGGCGGCCAAUCCGAUAGAUGCGCUGCUGUGUCAUUUUUGCCAUGGGUUGCCAUUUCCCUGUGCCAGCCCGCAUGCAUUUCCUGCGUCCGAAAAGGGGGCGUGUCUAACACUGCAGCACUUUGCUGUGAUUCGCCAGCAGCAGAGAGAUGACGAGCGGGAGCGGAAGGAGGCGGGGAUAUACCGGCGUUUUGCCGUACUUGCAGCACAUCCUUUCCUGAACCGGACAGCGGUACGCAUGGAGAAAGCUGCCCACGGCAACAGUGAGCCUGUCUUCGCACUGGCCUCCGCCCAUGACAUCACCAUGGCGCCAGUGCUAAGUGCCCUGGGCCUGGAGGGGGCAGGGUUUCCACGUUUCGCUGCUCGCUUGGUGUUUGAGCUGUGGAAGAGUCCGGAUGUGAAGGGGAAGGGAACGCAAGGAGGUGUGGCGAAUGCUUACAUUCGUGUGCUCUAUAACGGAGAGGACUUAACCUUUGAAACUGCCUUCUGCCGCAACCAUGACCGCCACUCCACCCAGCCGCUGUGUCCUCUGGGUAAUUUCUUGUCCUUUGUACGAAAGGACAUGUUCAGUAUUGUGAAUGCCACCAGCUACCAUCAAGCCUGCCAUCAAAACUAUUAACAGUGAGACAGAUGGACAGUCAGUAAGACAGAGAGAAAAAACGAAUAUAUUUUUGUUUUGUUUUUUUGUUGUUUUAUUUGCGUUUUUAUUAUCUGUUAGUGGUUUCUGUAUUUAGUACUUUGAUUGUGUUUUCUUUUGAAUAACUUUAACAGUUAAUGCUGUGCUAAACAUGCGGUCUGGAACAUUUUUAAUUGGUCUCACAAGUUCACUUGUAUGUGAAGCGAUGCACAGUGCCUUGGGGAUCCAUCGGAUUUGCAUGUUGGUGUUCUGUGGAGUUUUCUCUGCUGUAUACAGUGUCAUAUCUGCAUCCAGACUACCCUCAACAACUUCAACAAUUCCUCUCAACAGAAUGUCUUAAGGCCUGUUCACACCAACUACGAUAUAACAAAAAAAUCUUCGAACAGCAUCUUAAAAUGAACGCAUGCAUUUCUACAAUCUUAGAGAAAUAAUUUCUAGUUAGCACCAUUUGAUUUGUCCCUCUGGGCGAACCCUAAAAUCUUCUAAGAUCUGCACAACAGAGGGUAUUUUUCAGAAAAAUAGAACCCAUCAGCACAUGGAGCCCGACGUCGGUGUAAUCCAAUGGUGUGUCAUUUUUUUUCCUGAUGCCGACUCGAUUUUUUAUUUUUUAAAAAUUUUUUUAGAUGCCACAAAACAUAACAAACCAGGUUCUCUUGACAUCAAAAGUCAUAAAAAUGACGGCUGAGCAUUUGUCAGCGUUUCUGUCAGAGCAUAAAGAGUGACAGUGGCUACACAAUGACAGAGCUAAAGUAAACAUGGGUUUGUUUAAUGGAGCCAGUAAUUGAAGCUCUGAUGAAUUCAAUAGGAAGUAACGAAAUAAGAAUCUGAAAGUAAACACAUGGUGAAGUGCCGCUCGGGGGUUGAUCGGUUCAUGAUCACAUGCCGUUUGUCACGUUCAUGGACGGAUCAGCACUAGAAUUUGCAUGUGCUUUGUUCAUAGAUGUUGUGGAGGAUAAACGGUACAGAAAAUGGAUGAAUGGAUGGAUGGAUAGACGUUUCGUGUUCAUUGUGAAUGGGCCUUUACUACUAUCCCGUGGUCUACAUUCACACAAAGGUCCACUCAAUGUGGACAUCAUCUAGACAUGUACUGUAGACGGUAAUAUACAGAAAAGGAAAAUAUGAAAAAUAUGGAAGGAUUUAGAAUAUUAUCACAAUACUGUUUUUUACUUGAAUUCUGCAGAAGUUCUCUCCACGUCAUUUCUUAAACUUUCAUGUUCACCCUCGUCUAGUGAACAUAAUCAAGUGAUUCUGGGAUUCUCAGAGAAGAACAUGCAUUUGAAACCUGAGUAACAGCAAUACUGUGCAUGCUACAUAUCACCAUAUUGUAUAAUUUAUUAUUAUACACAUAUCUUAUCAAGGACAGACGGUAAUGAUUGAAAGCUUUGUUGCCUGACCUUGUAUUGAAACACCAAAUCAGGUUUGUUCUUCGGGCUAAUUUGGAUAUAACGGCAACCUGCUCAGACUAAAACGUACCAUCGUGGAAUUCCGUAUUUAUCUUGGGGUCACUUGUACUGCUGUUUAAUUUAUUGAAACGAUACUGACGCUCUCAUUCUGUCGUGAAGCAGUGAUGUGGAACAUGCAUCAAGCCUGCUUUCCAGUUUUGCACAUUAUUUUAUUCCUCUUCUAUGAAGGCACACAUCUGAUCCGAAUCAUGUGAAGACCACAAAAUGUGUCUUAAAUAAAAUGUCAGAGGGAGCGAAAGUUAACGCUAGCACAGACGUCAAGCAAUAAACGACGCCAAACCUAUACAUAGGGUCAGUCAUGAUGUUUUUCAGCGGUACAUUACAUUUAACUGACUUUUAUAAAAAUCAUAUUGUAUGAAUAAGAUAAUAAGCUAAAAUCCCAAGGAGUGUAUUUGACAGAGCGAACUGAGAAAGUACUGGAUGGUAGCACUUUGAAAGAACACAAUGAGGUUUGAUAUGCAGCCAGGCAGCGUUCAUUUAAAAACAACUCUCGCAAAUCAAGCACUGAUUACCAGCACAGUCCUGAGGACAAUCACACUGAUUCAUGCGGAGGAUUUCGAUGAUAACCGUUUAGCGCGUUAUGUCCGCAGACUAGUUUUUGUAUGAUGUGCUGUUUGUAAAGUUUGGAGAUUUUGGCGCACACAGCCACUUUAUUCGAUUCGUGUUUAACCUUGUUUAACUCAUUGCUAAAUAAUUUUCAUACAUUUAACCUGGAAUAAUGUCGCAUCCGUUGUCUUAAAAGGUAGAAAACCAGGAGCAUUAAAAGUCUGGUGUAGGGAAUGUUGAAGGGUUUUGUAUUGUGAUUUCUAUUUUUAUUAUUAAUAUUAUCGUGUUCUGGUACAUUCCUUCAUAUCAAAGCACAUUUUGCAAUAAAGUCACAUUCCAAAUGGA